AUUCCCCGUUAACAUUAAGUAUUUAUGCCACCUUAUAUUUUCCAUCUGCGAUCCUAUGAAUCAAUCGUCUACAUUCAAGCAUACUAGGAUAGCAUAAUCCCUUAGGACCACAACGAACCACAAUGCCAGAAGUUGGCGUCAUCCCCCCUCCGGAGGGUAUAGUACCAGACUUUCAUCAUUGGACGUAUCUUCAACGCGCACUCAUAUCAGUUUUCGCCGUCACUCUUAUACUUGCAACUACCUUCUUGGCCCUGCGAUUGUACACGGCUUUUGCCAUCGUGAAGAAACUAGACUGGGAUGUCUUGUUUAUCCUCAUGUCAUGGGGAGGUUCGCUAGGCUACUUCAUUAGUAUAAUUUUAGGAAUGCUAUCUGGGUUUGGGAGGCAUUUAUGGGACGUGACACCAACUCAAGAAAAAGGAUACUUCGACGUUCUAUUACCCAUCGGACUUACGUACCUUUGGUCGUCGACUUUCACCAAGUUUGCAAUGCUGGUUCUCUACCUUCGCAUAGACCCCUUCAAGCUAUUCCAUACUUGUGUUUAUGUCGUUGGAUUACUUAUAGGCACAUAUACUCUGGUUUUGACGAUUCUAUUAGCCGGCCCAUGUAACCCGAUGUUUGUCGGAAGCGGUCGCUGUUUAAAUAACAUCAUAAUAUCACAAUCUGUUCUGAAUAUUGUCUCCGAGGUGGCGGUCAUCAUACUCCCUAUUCCGGUAAUACACAAGUUGAACAUGCCUAUGAGACAGAAGGUGGUUGUUGGAUUAAUUAUGGGACUAGGAUCAGCAGUCGUUACUAUCUCUAUCGCACGAGUUGCCUUCGUCAAGGCGAUGGUGCAGAAUGAUGACGUGACGUGGACACAGGCUGAAUCAGCAGUCUUCGCAGCGCUGGAAUUAAACCUUGGUAUAGUAUGCAACAGCAUGACACGCCUCAGACCUUUCGUUAGGGCUCACCUCCCUCGCUGGAAAUUGGCCCUCGCGCCAGAAGAUUGUCAGAACGCUCACAUUAAGAAACCGCUUUCUUGGAGGGUGGAUAAGGCAAGCCAUAGGUAUCAAUUUAGGAGCGCCGAGUCCAGAGAAGGGUUAAUCCAUGAGACGCGUACGAAUGAUAGCGACACGGCUAUUUAUGUUACUAACACAUACGAGGUCAAUUAUGAUUCAUACGAUGCAGAAUUGACUAGGGGAUACAGCAUAGAAUGUGGCUCUGAGACACAGCGAGAUAUUCGACGCGAGGUCUAAAAUGGGGUAUAUGGAAACAAUGAGUCAAGGUCAAGUCUCACGUAAGAAUACCUGGAUGUCUUUUCAU